AUGACAAGACUUAGGAUUGCGUCCGAUGCCACCGAUGAGUCUUCGGAACUUGGAAGAGAACUAGGGUUUGUGGCAGAGGAAAGUGAUCCAAAUGGCUGGAACCGGGGAACUUGUGAAACAGAGGAUGGUAAGAGCCCACAUAAAAGAAAGAGGGGUAGACCACCAAAGUCAGUGGUUAAAAUACCAAUGGGUUUAUUACAAGGAAGUUCCCGUUCUAGCAAUGUUGACAAAUGUGAUGAACCAAGUGAUGCAUCGAAUCCAGCCGUUCUCAACAAUCAUGAAAUCAGCGAAUACCAACAAGAGUGGCCUUUUGUCAAACGGUCUCCAAUCUGGGCGACCAUUGAAUCUCUGGAGUUAUACCAGAAUCCGCCACAAAAGCCGCACUUUCUUCUGUUGAAGAUAAUGAAAGAGGAUUACCGUGAGGGUUUAGCCAUCGGACACAUGGUCACAUUUGCGAAUGUGGUUCAGAGAACUUCAAAACUGCAGCCGGAUGUUCCCAGUGACAUAAUCGACAACAGUUUGGAAACUUUAGUGGAGUUGGAGACUCAUGGGUUUGAUGUGGGUGCUGUUCGAGCUCGUUUGAAUGAACUACUCGCUAGAAAAGCCAAACUGGGUGAGCUCAAGGAUAAGUUGAAACAAGUCGAGAAAGAACUAGAGAAGCGGAAUCUUGAAAAGUCCAAAAUCAAAGAGGAAGUCGAUGAACUGGAAGCUAAAAUGCAGGAGUUACAAGAGAAACUGGUGCAGAGUGUGAAGAAGAAGAAUGUGAAGGAUGAGGAAAUCAUGAUGUUGCAAUCAAACUUGUAUCUGGUUGGUAAUGAAAUCAUGGAUUGGAAGGUUGAGUUUGAAAAACUAGCAGCAACCUCUUUUUAGGCUCAUCUACUGUUUCAGUUGUACAAAAACUGCUUUUAUUUUUGCUUUCAAGUUAUGGUAGCACUUAAAUUUAGCAUCUACUAACUAGACUCUUACAGAAAUAUUCUACUUC